AUGUUUGCGCCACCUACAGCCUGGGAGGGUGAGCGUCAUGGCGGCUUCUUGCCCUCUCCCGGUGACCCCGGACCUGCCAACGCUGCGUGCCAACUUGCAGGGACUGCUGCAGUUCCUGAGGGAUGCCCUGUCCAUUUCCAAUGCGCAUACCGUGGAUUUCUACACAGAAUCCGUGUGGGAGGAGCUGGUCGACUUGCCACCAGAGACAGUGCUGGCUGCGCUGAGGAAGUCAGCGUCGGAGGCGGAGGCACGGCCCUCAGAGACGCGCCCCUUAGUGGAAGCAGAGGGGGAAGCAGGUAUGACUGAUUUUCCCAAAAUAUUUUGUGAAACUUCUCAGAAGUUGGUGAGUGUGGAAGCCUUUGCUCUGGCUGCGAAAUACUAUUCUGUACAAAACUUGGGAAUAUGUACUCCUUUUGAACAGUUGCUUGUAGCCCUUCGAGGAAAUCAAAACCAGAGAAUUGGUGAAAAUCAGAAGGCAGUUGAGUUUAUGAAUAUGAAGAAAUCUCAUGAAGUUCAGGCAAUGUCAGAGCUAAUCAGCAGUAUUGCUGACUACUAUGGAAUAAAGCAGGUGAUUGACUUGGGUUCUGGUAAAGGCUACCUAAGCUCUUUUUUGUCCUUGAAGUAUGGCUUAAAAGUUUAUGGAAUUGAUUCCUCAAAUACCAAUACUCAUGGAGCUGAGGAGAGAAACAGAAAAUUGAAGAAACAUUGGAAACUCUGUCAUGCUCAGUCAAGAUUAGAUGUCAAUGGACUAGCAUUAAAAAUGGCAAAAGAAAGGAAAGUGCAAAAUAAAGUUAAAAAUAAAGCUGAUAUUGAGGAAGUGUUUAACAACAGUCCUACAAAUCAAGAAAAGAUGUCUACCUCAGAUACUUUGCCUGAUUUUUCUGGCCCUGUAAUUUCUAAUAUCAGAAACCAAAUGGAAACCCUUCAUUCUCAGCCACAUCAAGAAGAAAAUUUGUGUUUUGAAAAUUCCUUUUCUCUUAUAAACCUUUUGCCUAUUAAUGCCGUAGAGCCUACUUCUUCACAGCAAAUACCCAGCAGAGAAACAUCUGAAGCCAAUAAAGAGAGAAGAAAAAUGACAUCAAAGUCAAGUGAAUCAAAUAUAUAUUCACCUUUAACCUCUUUUAUCACGGCUGAUUCAGAACUCCAUGACAUUAUUGAAGAUUUGGAGGAUUGUUUGAUGGUGGGUCUCCACACUUGUGGUGAUCUGGCUCCAAAUACUUUGCGAAUAUUUACCUCCAACUCUGAAAUCAAGGGAGUUUGCAGUGUGGGUUGUUGCUACCACCUCUUAUCUGAAGAAUUUGAAAACCAGCAUAAAGAACGUACUCAGGAAAAGUGGGGAUUUCCAAUGUGCCACUAUUUAAAGGAAGAGAGAUGGUGCUGUGGUCGUAAUGCCAGAAUGUCAGCAUGUUUGGCAUUGGAGCGGGUUGCAGCUGGCCAAGGGCUGCCUACUGAAUCACUCUUCUAUCGUGCUGUUCUUCAGGAUAUUAUUAAAGAUUGUUAUGGCAUCACCAAAUGUGAUCGGCAUGUUGGUAAAAUUUAUUCCAAAUGUUCUUCUUUUCUGGAUUAUGUCAGACGGUCUCUAAAGAAGCUUGGAUUAGAUGAGUCCAAGAAGAUCACAGUGAUACUAAUCUUUGGAUAACUUCCUCUAUCAACCUGAGAAUAUCAGGAACACUUCAGCCUCCUUGCCAAUGGCUUUGUCUUCCUUGACUUUUUUGACAGGAUCUGCUGAUGGCUUCACCUUCACAUCCACUUACUUUAGUUCUUAAGCCAAUUAUGUCCUAACCAAGAACCUUCAGUCCCACUAUCAAGUGGUGAGAACUACCUCAGUUGCUAACCCAUCUUCUUAUCACAUAUGAUGUGGGGAGGGUCUCUGAACAACUGUGUCUGUAAUCCACUCAUCCAACCCACACUCUAAAAGUUACAGUAUAUGGUCCAUCUUUGCUUAUCUAGACCCCCCUUAUAUAGAUUUACUGUAAAAAACAAAUUGAAUAAAUAAGUACAUGGAGGAGAAGAGACAAAUGUCCUAUGGAAAAGAGUUCCAAAUAAUUUAUAUAGAUAUUUCUUCCUCAAGGAGAUAGAGCAAAACUCCCCAUUCUUUAAGUGUGGCCUGUGCAUAGUGACUUUUUUCCAAAGAGCAUAGUAUGUGAACGGGGGAAAAAGAGGAACUUUCCAGUGAAGAACCUGACAAACAGAAUCUCAGCCAAGUAAUCAAGCUCAACAUGAACAGUGAUAAUUCAUGCUGCUAGUAUGUACUCUUGUUAUAAGGUGAGGAAUAUGGUACUUUAUUCCUAUGAUAGUUCUUUCAAAAGCCUAUCGCGACUCUAUGUAUGAGAAAAGUGUCUGACAAAUCCCAGUGGAGAAACAUUCUACAAAAUACCUGACCAGUACUUCUCGAAACUGUCAAGGUCUGCAAAUCAAGACAGGUU